GUCGUUAAUGACAAGAAUGAUAACAAACAGCUAACGAACGCCCCUGACUGAAACUCAGCGGAAAAAGUAGGACUGUUUUCGUGCGGGUGUUCGCCUUCAUUCUGACCCUCCGAGGCUUCUUCCACAAUUCCCACCCGACCAUGAGAUUUUCAUAAAGCCCCUUGGGUCAAAACAACUUGGGCUGGCAUAAUGCGCUUCAACGAAAACGAAGUGAUGGCCUUGGCCUUUCAGACGCCCGAAUGGGAAGGCAAACUUCAAUAUAAAGCUCCUAGUCGGGGCCACACCUCCUUCUCACGCGGAUCGGAUUACAAAGACCGCUGGUUUCGACUUCGGGCCAAUUGUCUCUUUUAUUUCCGACUGGGACCAGGAACCACUGGAUCAGAUCGACCUCCUUUAGGGACGGAACCCAUGGGUUUGCUCUUGUUAGAGGGUAGCCACGUAGAGCAAGAAGGCUACGACUUAGCCACCAUCCACGCCUUCAGUAUUGCCUUUCCCAAUGAAGGAGGCGUGGGCUCUGGCAAGCGACAUCUCUUCCUCGCCGAUUCCGGGCUCCACUUGCGGCAAUGGAUCUCGGCCUUGAAAACCGCGCGGUAUGAUCGCUUGCGCGAGAAACUGGUCCACUUGCAAAUCAAAAUUCGCAAUCGAACGGGCAAAGACCCCUUGAUGGGCACCGGGUUCGAAUACAAUCACUUGUUCACCACGUCCCUGCCUAGUCAAGUGAUUGUGCCUAAUUUCUUCUCGGAGGAGGGACAAGGCCAGAGCCCCAAAGCCAAGCCUAGAAAGGCCAAGAUCAAAUCCAACUUCCAAAGUCACGUGGUGGAACGGUGGGAACCGCCCCGACCCGAACACGAGCUCGAGACGCAAUUGGCUGAAGUCAACCUGAAGGAAGCCCGCCAGAAGGCCUCGUUUCAAAGUCACCUCGUGCCUGAAGGGCAACUCAUUGACCUUUGACCAUGCUUGUUGAUAUGUGAAUGAUGAAUGUAUUUUUAAAAAACCGAAUAUUUUUGGACCCAGUAAAGAGGAAAAAGUUUCUUCGA